AUGCAGUACUCCAUCUGUGUGGCCGCAGACUGCGAUGGGGAAAAGGUCAAUCUGCGGUUCCUAUUCGACUCUUACGGCCCGUCAGUGACGCAACUCCUCAACCGCGCCACCAUCGCCUUCAACAACCUCUUCCACCACCGUUCCAUCCCCCGCGCCUUCGCUGCCAGCGCCGCCGUCGUGUUCAAUGACCUGCACUCCACUUGGGACCGCCUCGAGCGGUCGACGCAGCUACUGCACAACAGUCAGGUGUACCUUUUUCAGCCCGACAUCAUCGACCUCCCGGCGGAGAUACCGGAGCCGUUCGAAAGCCAACCGCUCCUAGGAGACUAUGUCUCGCCGCGGCGCGACGCGUCCGACUCGCCGCGCGCCAAUGGGCCGGCGCACUACGCACCGCGGCCCGCCUUCACGCACGCCAGUCCGAGCCCGUUACCGUCGUGUAGUGAUAACAGGAAGAAGCAGACAGACAUGCGUGGGGCGAGCGGUGACAGCGGCCGGGGCCGCUACGGUGUCCACAGCUACGACAUUAGGAGUGAGAGCUUGAACGGUGACGCUCGGCAGUCCGCGCAGUUCGCGACCCCGCAGCGUUUCGACCGCGAGGCGGGCCUCGCCAUUAGUGAACGCACACCAAUACAGAAGUUGAUGACGUCGGCGUCCCCGCCGAUCAGGCAGCCCGCUGAGGAGAGCUACCGCAGCAGCAGCAGCGGUGACGCCCGCAAGAGUAUCAUACGCGAUGAGCGGGAGAAGAUCGAGCUGCAGUGGCGGCUGCCCCUUGAUGAGAUGCGCCGCAGUCUGAAAGAGGAGACGCGGCAGAUGGAGAGGAGUAUAAGCCCCAUGCGCAAAGAGGUGGUCUGA